AUGGCGCCGUCAAAUGACAGGAGCGGAGGAGACCGCGGCGAUGGGAUUCUGUGCUCUGUGGCUCGGUUCUGGCGGCGGUCGUACGCUCCCGACUAUGUCGGAUUCGCAGCACUGGUGGCUGGCUACAUGGUGCUCGUCUUCUUCGUAGAGCCCUUCCACCGCAUGUUCUCCAUCAGCGACCUGGCCAUCUCGUUCCCGCACGCCGAGCACGAGCGCGUGCCCGUGGCCAUGAACGUCGUCUACGCGGCCGCGGUGCCGCUGGCCGUCGUGGUGGCCACCAACCUCGCGACGCGCGCCUCGGCGCACAAGCACCACGUCGCCAUCCUCGGCCUGGCCAUCGGCAUCAUCCUGACGACGUUCCUGACCGACGUGGUCAAGAACGCCGUCGGCCGCCCGCGCCCGGACCUGCUCGCCCGCUGCAAGCCGAAGUCCGGAACCGCAGCGAACCGCCUCGUCGACUGGACCGUCUGCACCGAGACGCAGCACCACCUGCUGCACGACGGGUGGAGGAGCUUCCCGAGCGGCCACUCGAGCUUUUCGUUUGCCGGGCUCGGCUACACGGCGCUGUUCCUGGCUGGCCAGCUUAGGAUAUUUGCGUACGACGGGGAGAGGGACGGGGAGGAGGACGGCAUCGGUGCGGGAAAGAUGGAGAGGGUGGUUUCGGCCGCGCACGGGAGGGGGUUGGGCAGGGCGCUGUUCUGUAUGAUUCCCCUGCUCGGCGCGACCAUGAUCGCCAUUAGCAGGUGUCAGGAUUACAGGCAUGACGUCUACGACGUAUGCACGGGGGCGCUGCUCGGGUCCGUGGUUACGUAUUGGAGCUACAGGCGCUACUGGCCGAGGUUGGGGAGCUACAGGUGUUCGGAGCCGUGGCCCAGUCCAGGGGCGGUAGAGGAUCGGGGGAAAGGGUAUGCGAGGAUGCGGAGGGACGAGGAGAGUGGUGGCCGGGGAGGCGGCGGUAGUUCUGCUGGUUAUAGCGGUGGGUAUGAGAUGAGGAUCAUGGAGAGAUGA